AUGUGGUUUCUCGUGUCUGCUUGUCUGGGUAAUCAUGGAUGGAUUAGACUGCAUCAUGUCCUUACAUUUGACAUCAGCAUUACCUAUCAUCGCAUAUGGCUCAAGCCUGGAUCCACUGUUACUAUUGGCCGUAAAGGUGCUGACAUCACUUUACCAAACCGGACCAUCAGUAGAUUGCAUGCAACCAUAUCUGUAGCAACAGUAUCUGAAUCAAAACAGUCUGUAUCUACACACUCGUAUCCAGCUGUCACUGUCACUGAUUCUGGAUCAAAAUACGGAACAUAUAUUGGUACUGCUGAGCAGCGAGUCAAUGGGAUACUAGAGCUGACGGAUGGUCAAACAAUUCGUUUCGGUAGUAUCACGGAUCAUGUUUUAUUUAGACUUGUUCGUGAAAACCUUGUUGUUUGCACAUCUGGUCUUAAAAGUCAGAUGAGAACAAACACCAGAGCCAUUGCUGCUGAAUAUGAUAUUUCUGUCACGACUGUUUUUGGACUCGAGUGCACACAUUUGUUGAUGAACUAUAUCCAAAUCACUGCAAAAGUGGUUCAAGCUCUAGCCACUGCAAGACCAAUUAUAAGCAUCGAUUUUAUCAAAGCUUUUGCAACUGUAGAUGCGAUGGAUUAUAAAGCGCCAGAUUCUUCAAAAUUCUUGCCACCUCAUGAUCAACUACCAUGGCCAAACGUGUCGUUUUUGGCUGAUGAGCGGCGACUUGCUUUAUUUAGUGGAAUUGACUUUAUAUUAUUUUCUCAAACAGAGGCAAUGAACGAAAUCGUUACAGCAAGUGGUGGAAAAACACACAUACACCAGUUUGCUGAUCCGUCUAAACCAUCACAGGCCGAGUAUGCCGCACUGAAAUAUACCAUGGAAACAACCCCACGCUUUUUGAUAGUGAUUCCCAAAGAUCUACACAUUGCAGCACUUACACAACCACUUCUUGGUGAACUUGAGAGAAUGGGAUUUAUCAAGGCGUGUAUUACACAUGAUCAGAUUGCUCUUGCAAUUGUAUAUGUUUCAGUUGAAAAAGCCAUAGAAACCCCACGAAUCAACACACCCAUCAAGGCUAAUACUGCAACAAUAACAGCAAAUGCAGACUUGCCUGAAAUGCACAUAGUAGACAAUACGCCUCUUGCACGAAUAAAAGGAAAUUUUCCAGGCAAUUCAGGACAGCUAAAAACAUUGCAUUCAAUAAAGGCUAUCCCGAAAAUGGACUCAAUACUGACCCCGCCAGCACCAUUAUCUGCAAUACAAUACUCUCCAUCAAUAUAUAGCAGUGUUGCUGCUUCUCCAUCUAUUUGUAGUCAAUUAGCUACGGGCGUGAUCGAGACUCCAGGAUCGCUGUUUCAAAAUACUCCCGUGGCUCGAAACUCGUCAACUUAUAACAUACGUUCUAAACCUUUACAGAAUAUAUUUUCUUUGGGUUCUACUGUAGCCAAACAAAACCCUAAUGAAAGAUCUGUUGUUGAAAGUGCAAACGUGGUAUUACCUCAAAAAGAACCAGUGCAUUUGGCACAAAAUUCUCGAUUUCCUGCCUCGACAUUGUCAAUUGAAAGUGUUUUACCGAGUUUAUUUUCUGGAAAAGUCGGUCGUCCAGCUACGGCCAGUGGCAAUACACCCUCCCCUGUUUAUUUACAGCGAAUCACCAAACCCAAAAAUAAUUCAACUACUCCAGUGAUGGCUGUUGAUACCCCUUCAACAACUCCACAGGCAGCUAUAUCUCAGAUGUUAUCCAUUGAAUCUAUUAUCAACACUGGUGAUAAUGCGAUUUCUACUGUUUUGACAAAGACAACUCCAGCAGCGUGCAAUGUGAAUGAUCUCAUGGAUUUCAUGUUUGAUCCAGCAGAAACCUCAACCUCGAAGCAAACGAAAAACACGGCCAUGAAUGCAAACUCGGCUGCCAAAUCAACAGAUGAAUCUAUUGUGGUAUCACAAGCUGCUUCAUCAACAGUGUUGAGCAUGCCUAUAUCUGAUUUUAACAAUUCAAUGGUAUCAGAUAUACCGUUAUCUAAUGCAAAUGAGAUGGCUCCAUGUUCGCCAACAACACAUUCUUUAAAGGUAUUCAUACAACCACAGCCUAUAAUAGCUGUACUACCCACAUCACCUCCAAAAAAAGCACCGACAGCCAUUCUAGUUCCCAACAAACGAGGCACGGAUCUAGUUAUGGAUCUUUUUGAUGAUGGGCUGUCUGGGUUGGCACCAGUGAAAAUACGCAAAUUAGUCAAAAGUACACAGAAUACGGAAAAGGGACUUGGCGCAAACGAAGCUGUCGAGUAUAGUCUGCAAUCACAAUUUAGGCAGGAAAUAUCGCAAAACUUUGGAAGUGAGCAUGGAAAAGUGACAUCGUUUGCACAACGCCUUGGAAUGACGGCACAUGACUUGUGCGACCCAUCUUCAAAAACGCCUAUAGAACAAGAUAUGUCAUCCCUACCACACAUGGAGUUGGAUGUUGGAAAAAAGCGGUUACCAGUUUUUACAAAACCUAAUCAAGGCACACUUGAAUCAACCCAAAUCAAGCGCAUAAAAUCAGUAGAUGUUCAAUCAAAGUCUUUUGAGUGUAUGACGAAAACAGCGACAGUGGCAGAGCCUUUUCAGUCUCGAUCUCAGGCAUCCAAGCCAAUGGUGGAUAAAUAUGCAGCACCACCAGCACUGAGUGAAAAGGGGAUUCUUACGAUUGUAUCUGACACUACGCGGCAAUUGAAGGAAAUUAAAGUGGAGCAGCAGCGAUUGGAUCAUGACGUAGUUAUUACAACAGGCAGACAACCUCAUACAACACCGACGGAGGAACUGUUGGUGAUUGUCGAGUUUGAUGUAGCAAGAAAACCUCCAAAAGACGCGGAACACGAGAAGGGUAGAAAAAACACCAGCGGUAUAUCCAAUAAGAUGGAUAAUACUUUGAAUGGUUCGCACAGGCAGACUGAAUCUAUUGACAAAUUGGUAAAUUUUAAGCGGUUCCAGUCUAAAGGAAAGAAGCGUGUAGGUCAAGACUAUUCAACACAGCACGGCAGAACGAUUCUUGACAUGUACAUUGAUUAAUCAAUACUUUAAAAUUGCAUCAACCAGGAGAUUAAAUCCAUGCACUGACAAUGCCAGCAUCAAUAAACAUUUUGU